AUGGGGCACUACUGCAAGGAAAUCGAUUUAAUCGAAAAUGUUUACGUAGCUUCAAGAAGCAGGAGAGAACCUAAAACUCCUACGGCAAAUGACGUCCCUGAGCACCGGCCACAGAUGAACAGCAUUACUGUUUCGAAGAAACGCAACUGGCUACACCAGAGCACUCACAGAGCUUCUCAUAUGGAAGAAGAAAACGCAUGUAAGAAAAUGCAAGGGGCUGUUAUCCAGGUACCUAAAUCUCCCAGUCCAUUACCUGAACCUAAAAUGCAGAAGGUUCCUUCCAAGUCACCUGCAGGGCUGGAAUAUCCCGUGAGAACCUGCAGUUCUGCAAAUGCCAUUCCAAACACUUUCAUACUGAGGAACUGCGCUCUGGACUUCAGUGAGGAUAACGAUGCAGAUGAUGAAGGAGAAAUAUGGUACAAUCCUAUCCCUGAGGAUGACGAGCUAGACUUCCCAAGAUUCUGCUCCUCUGUUGUGAAUAGCUCUGGUACGGCAGACUCCCCAGCUGCCACUUACAAAACCUUGCCUGAGAGUGACUUGGUUACAGCUGGGGGGCCCCAUGGGGGCCCCCCACGCCCCUCAGGGCACAUGGGGGACAGUCAGACAGCUCAGCCUGGCGAGGUGCAUCCGGCCGAAGCCACACGUGUGCCAGAGCACGUACAGCUGCACGGGCAAAGGUUUGCGUGCAAGACCCAGAGUGGGCCAGCUGUGGAAGACAAUCCUACGUUUAAAUAUUCUUCACCAGGAUCUGGAAUCGUACUUGCACCCAAGGCUGACAUGCCAGCAGAAGUUUCUCCUCCAAGUCCCAGUCCUUUGAAAAAAGGUGGAUCAAUCAAUUGGCCUUUCCCUGAUAGAAUUAAAUCUCCCAGAACAGUCAGGAAACUUUCCAUGAAAAUGAAAAAGCUGCCAGAGCUCAGCAGAAAGCUGAGCGUCAAGGGAACCUCAAGCCAUAAUAGUUCUGAUAAUCCUUCUUCCCUGGUGAAAGGUAGCUGUCGGAAUACAAGCCAUACAACAUCUUUGCCAUCUUCUGGAAACUCAACAGCGCUUGACAGCAGUGUGUCGUCGCAACACACCUACAGAAAGAAAAGCACGAGGAGUUCCAAAUCCUCCAGCAAAGGUGGUUACCUCAGUGAUGGUGAUUCUCCUGAACUUAUAACAAAAUCGGGUAAACACGGGCAUGAAACCAAGCUUGGGAAAGGAAAGGAGACCCUUCCAAGCAACAGUAGUAAAAGUGAAAUAGAUAUUGAUGCUUUUAGACACUACAACUUUUCUGAUCAACCCAAGUGUUCUCAGUACAUCUCUGGACUCAUGAGCAUUCACUUCUAUGGUGCUGAAGAUUUGAAACCACCUAGAAUAGACUCCAAAGAUGUCUUUUGUGCAAUACAGGUUGACUCAGUAAACAAAGCAAGAACAGCCCUGCUUACAUGUAGGACAACAUUUUUAGAUAUGGACCACACAUUCAACAUAGAAAUUGAAAAUGCUCAGCACUUAAAGCUAGUAGUGUUCAGCUGGGAACCCACCCCACGGAAAAAUCGUGUUUGUUGUCAUGGAACAGUGGUUCUUCCUACUCUCUUUCGAGUGACAAAGACUCAUCAGCUGGCUGUCAAACUGGAACCGAGGGGCCUUAUUUAUGUCAAGCUGUCGCUCAUGGAACAGUGGGAGAACUCUCUCGAUGGUCUAGAUGCAGAUCGAGAGCCAGUAAUGUUCGGGGUAGAUGCUCGAAAAGUUGUUGAGAAAGAAAAUGCAGGCUUGAUGGUACCACUUUUGAUGCAGAAGUGUAUUCUGGAGAUAGAAAAGAGAGGCUGUCAGGUGGUGGGCCUCUAUCGAUUAUGUGGUUCGGCAGCAGUUAAGAAAGAGCUUCGAGAGGCGUUUGAAAGGGACAGUAAGGCUGUUUCUCUCUGUGAAAACCAGUACCCAGAUAUUAAUGUGAUAACAGGUAUCCUAAAGGAUUAUCUGAGAGAACUGCCCUCUCCCCUGAUAACCAAACAGCUGUAUGAAGCAGUACUGGAUGCCAUGGUGAAAAAUCCCUUGAAAAUGACAGCAAGUGGUUGUGAAAAUGACCCAAGUGAUUCUGAGCACACAGCAGCCCUCCUGGAUUGCCUGCCAGAUGUUGAGAAGGCUACCCUGAAGAUGCUGUUGGAUCACCUGAAAUUGGUGGCUUCUUACCACGAAGUAAAUAAGAUGACAUGCCAGAACUUAGCUGUAUGUUUUGGGCCUGUGUUACUAAGCCAGAGGCAGGAGACCAGCAACCAUAAUAACAGAGUCUUCACGGACUCGGAAGAACUUGCUAGUGCUCUGGACUUCAAAAAGCACAUAGAAGUUCUUCACUACUUACUCCAGCUAUGGCCGGUACGUCAUUCAACUGCCAAAGACCCAACACAUCUGAACGCGUUUCUAGAACACCCGUCAUCCCUGAGUUAUCUGAGACCUAAGAAGCAAAGACCUCAGAUGUUGAAUCUGAGUAGUACUGAAAUGUCUGGGGUGCUUAGGCCAAGACCAGCAGGUCUAGACAGCCCUUCGAGUAACCGCUAUGCGGGAGACUGGAGUAGUUGUGGGGAAAACUACUACUUAAACCCAAAAGAGAGCCCAAGUGAAGCAGACUACGAUGACGUCCCUUCAGAAGACACAGAAAGUGGAGACGAUAACAGCAAAGUUGAUGGGUCAGAUAACCUGAUAAAGCAUCCACAGCCCAUUCCCAAGGAACACACGUUUCGGAGCUAUUUGGCAAUGCAAGCGAUUGAUUCAGCAGUGGACCACAGAGCAAACCUCAAAGACCUGCAGGAAAGUAUUGAUACUCUGAUAGGAAACCUGGAAAGGGAACUCAACAAAAAUAAACUAAAUAUGAGUUACUAAUUCCUGUCCUGCAUGAUGCCUCCUCCUAGUGCUUGUUUGCCCCUCACCUGGCUCCCCAUAACGGCAUGUGGAGUGCCGGUUUCCAUGAACGUGCCAUCGUAAGGCCAUGGCCCACCUUGAAUUAACAAAUCCAUUUUAAGACGUUCCAUCAUGUUUCAGCGUUUUUGUUAGAGGAAUCUGUUGGCCUGAUCCUCUGGUGUUUAAGACAGAAACAUAGAGAACAUGAAGUGAUUCUACAAACUAGCGGCAUUUUCUACCUAAAAAAAACUAUUCACUUGAGCAGUUUGGGCAAUAUCUGACAGACGAUAAGGCAACAUCUCUGCUGUCUGUAGCCACAGCAGAACUCGUUCCUGAGAUUUUAAUUCUGGUACAGAUGCUUCUCUCAGAAGAGGAUUAACGCUGCUUGGCCUGAGAUUUGCAGCAUGAACUUUAGAUAGACUCAUUUUACUAUAUAUGCAAUGGCUGCUAUGAAAAAUGCUUUUUAUAUAUAUAUAAAAAAUAUUUAUAUAUAAAGUUUUAAUUGUACAAAUAUUAAUGUAUUCAUGUAUUAACACUUUUCAGUAAUUAUUUAAACAAGUAAGAAUUAAAUAUUUUUCUAACCUUGUUUGUAUAUAUUUAUGUAUAAACGUGCAUGUGUCUGUAGCCACCUUUGGAAAGGAAAAGAAUAAAAAUUACGUAAGGGUACUAUUUCUAAGAAAACAUGUUUAAGGAUGCCAAGAUUAAGUUACUCCUUCAAUAACAUAGCAUUUGAUUUAGGCACAAAAACAUGUCCAGAGAGAGGCAGGGUGAAUGAUUAAUGUAAAUGACCUUGUGUGUUGCAGGAGCAUCAGUUCACAGGUGUUGACUAUUAACCAUACUUUAAAAAAAAAAAAAUUUUCAGAUUAAUCUUAAGGAUUUUCCAGGAUUUCUAGCAGUGAAUUGUUCUGCUGUCUUUAAAUGGGUAAUAAGUAUGCACAGGAAGGAUAUGAAGGCACUGUUCAUUUUUUGUUUUUUUAUGUCUUUUUGAUACAUAAAGAAGGCCUGGGAGAUGUUUACUUUUUAAAGACUUUUGACUUUGUCCUUGUAACCUCUUACUUUAUUCCUGACAUUUUGAUACUCGUUUUUUCUCCAGUUUUAAGUAGUUUUGCUGAGGUACCUUGGCUGACGGCUGAUUGUUAGAAGCGUUAAAGCUCUCUCUGGAGGAGAAGCAGGUCUGAGAUCCUACACAAAAGCAGUUAUUUUUUCCCCUGAGUCCUUUAGUUAAAUUAGUCUCUGAAAAAUGGAAAGCAGAGUUUUACGCAGCCUGGGGCACGUGGGUGGGAUUGCAGCCUGCGGUGGCUUGGUUAGAUUCAGCUAUCACCGUACUCUGAGACCAUCUUUUAUCUUUAGUCGUUUACGGUGAACGAUUAAACAUUUCGUUUUAACCAAACCCACUCUUUGUUUAACCAAAAAUAGUUACCAAAUUGCUCACAGGUUUUUGAUAGUUGCUCUGACCAAAACAGAAUCACAAACUCAUUGCUUUUCCUUUGCAGGACGCUCUCAGUGAGGAGCGGGGGAUUUGGGAGGGUGGGGGCAAGAUGGUUAUUUUGUUUUGAGACUUCAAACACCAAGUCUUUGUCAACUGGCAGGAUAGAAUUUAAUUUCCUCCAUCUCUUUGGUACCAUGUUGGCAUCCCACCGUGCCUUUCCAUUCACUAUGUGGGUAAGUGCUUUUUUGCUAACCACCUACUUCCAUAUAUUGCUUAAUUGUAGAGUUAUUUAUUUGCAGUAGAAAAGGA